ACCAGGUGGCGCUGGCUGAAAACGUCCUCCCCUCUGCAACAGAGUGGUUAUAAAGGCAGCCCGGAAGAUAUGGAUCAGUACUGCAAACAAGUGUACAUGUGUGUGAAAGUGGCGUUUUGUAGAGCAGAAACGUGAAGAGAUGUCCGGAGCCCAUCAAGGUGACAGAAACAGCAGGGUUUGCAUGGGGGCUCACUGACACAAAGAAGGUUUGAAUUGUUCAGUCUGUUUUUAAAAUCACUGUAAGUCAGCAUGUCUCACCGAGGGCCUUUAACCACCAUCAUAACAACAGUACUAGGGGCAACCCUAGGAGGGCUCCUCAUAUGGCGGGUGUAUCGAACCAAAAGGAAGAAGUUGCCUUCCGUCCAGAAGGUGGCUGAUUCUGUGGAAGAUCCAUGUCCUGUGGAGAAGGAAUUCCCAGCAGUGGAGUUUCAGUACAUCCAGCCUCCACAUAACGCAGAGAAAGAAUUUAAGACAGUGGAGUGUCAGACCACAAAAAUGCCCCCUCCUGUCCAAACCCUGUCAUCUGAUCAGCUGCUGGGGGUGAAACCAGUGAUGAUCAGCUGUGAGCAGGAGUGGCAGCAGUUGUGGCCUCUGAUGCAAAAGGACCUAUCAGUCUUCCCUGUGCUGGGGUUUGACUGUGAAUGGGUAAAGACCGAUGGCGUAUCGGCAAAGGGUCGAGCCUGCGCAGUUUCCCUGCUGCAGUUGGCCACGUACUCAGGUCUGUGUGUGCUGGUGAGGCUGCUGGUGUUUCGCCAUGGGCAGCAGCCAUUCCCACUCAGCUUGAUGGAAGUUCUCAGAGACCCAAACAUUUUGAAGGUUGGCGUUGGUUGUUAUGAAGACGGGAAGCGUCUGACACGCGACUAUGGCCUGUCGCUGAUGUGUACGGUCGACCUGCGUUACCUUGCCUUAAGACAGAGGCAAUCUUCUGUGAACAAUGGCCUCAGUCUGAAGUCUUUGGCUUCAGAUCUGUUGAACAUAUCUUUAGAUAAAUCUUUGGAGUUGCGCUGCAGUGACUGGGAAGCAGAUCAGUUGACGUUAGAGCAGAUAACCUACGCUGCCAGAGAUGCUCAGGUUUCCAUCGCGCUCUUUCUCCACCUCCUCAGCCUCCAAUCUGAAGCCGGACCCUCCUUUCCCAGUGGGGGCUCUUUCUCUGAGCUGGCCUCCCGCUGUCAGGGUCUGGUGGAUGUUCCUUUCAGGGGCCGAGGAGACGGAGAUGACAAGGCAGGCGAAGGAGAGAGAAGGCGGCGGACACGGAAACCAGCAGUUAAUGAAAGCCCAGAGUCUGGAGAUCAGCAAGUCCCAGACCCUCGAAAAAAUAACAAGAGGAAGCCCCUGGGUGUUGGCUAUUCUGCCAGGAAGUCUCCUCUGUACGAUAACUGUUUUCUCUAUGCACCUGAUGGUCAGCCUCUGUGUACCUGUGACAAAAAGAAAGCCAAGUGGUACCUAGAUAAAGGAAUUGGAGUGCUUCAGAGUGAAGAUCCUUUUGUUGUGCGGCUGCUGUUUGAGCCAUCAGGACGUCCCGACUCGCAGCAGGACUACUAUCUGACAGCCAAAGAGAAUCUCUGUGUCGUCUGUGGCAAAGCUGAUUCCUACAUCAGGAAAAACAUUGUUCCACACGAGUACAGACGGCACUUCCCUACGGAGAUGAAGGACCACAACUCGCAUGACAUCCUGCUGCUCUGCACAAGCUGCCACGCUGCUUCCAACGUGCACGACAGCUUCCUGAAGCAGCAGCUGGCUGAAGAAUUUGCCGCCCCUCAGGGCUGCGAAGAGGGAGUUCGGCCGCUGGAGGACUCAGACCGUCGGCGAGUGCGUUCGGCAGCUCGAGCUCUGCUCGGUGCCGGGGAGGGACUGCCAGAGCAGCGUCGAGAGGAGCUGCAGGUGCUGAUCAAGAACUUCCUGAACGUAAAGGAUGAGAAGCUGACGCUUGAGGUGCUGCAGCAGGUGGCCAGUCUGGAGACCAGGAUAUUGAACGAGACGUACGUGCCUCACGGUCUGAAAGUGGUGCAAGCUCAUGCUGAACAGGGUCUGCGGGGCCUGAUGGACCUGGAGCGUCGCUGGAGGCAGCACUUCCUCACCACCAUGCAGCCUCGCCACCUCCCUCCUCUCUGGUCCGUUGACCACAAUCACAGCAAGUUUCUCCGCAAAUACGGAGAGGACCUGCCCAUCAGUCUCAACUGACUGACUGUACACUUAAAGGAUGUAUAGCUGCUCCGCAUCCAUGAUUUGGAUAUGGAACUUCUCCACCACUUUGAGAAAUAUCCAACACUAAUCACCCUUUUCCAUUGGAAGAUGAAUGCACUAAUCAUUGCUGGCAGCAUGUGAGUGCUGUCAAGGUCUCACUCUGCGAUGGACGCUUCAUCCCAGUUAUGUGAGAUGAACUUAAAGAUCUCUAACUGUGGAGAUGAAAUCCAGCACUGAAUCUGAUCCGCCAUGGUAGAUGUGACUGUGUAGGGACACUUGUUUUUUAAACAUGAAAAAAAAACAAAACUAUUUAUGAAACAAGCAAGAUAUUGAAAAUCUUUUUUUUACAAAAAGCUGCUACCUGCUCUUAAAUCCCCUACAUAUAAUCAACUACCACCUCUUCCCCCUGCAGGUUUGCAGUUUAUCACCUUCAUCAGACCCAUUGAUAACUUGUGAUGGUUACUUUGAUGACUUGAAAUAAUAUUGUGCUCUGCCUAGUGUUUUUUUCCUAGUCUAUUGUCUGUUUUAAGUCAAUAGAUUAAGGCUGAAAUUCCCAGAAAAAUCUUGAGAUCAAACUUAAUUUUUGCUCCAUUCACACUUUUUAAAAGAUGAGUUUCUUGUCGAGGUGUUUUUGGGUCUGAAUGUGGUCUGCCUAAGAGGUUUGGUUCGUUUAUAGUUGUUUACAUCCUCCUGCUGGAUCUCCUGAUGGGUGGGGCAUCUCCAUGGCGCAUGUCCUCAUGUGCCUCUUAAUCCCCUAGACCUGAGAGGAGACCCGGCACGACGUUGAGAUGUGACAACUCUUCACUUUACAGCAGUUUUUCCAUGACGUCAUUUUUCACAACUCAAACAGCACCACAAAGAAAAGUUGCCAACUCUUAACAGGUUCUAAGAACUAAACUCCCUUUGCAAGGCAGAGUACUAAAGUGAUAAUUAGGAAUUUAUUUACAAAAUGAAUCUUUGAAUCUUAUUAAAUAUCCUGCUUUGUCUUGAAUUUAAACCCCAAAUUGUUAAUAAAACUAAAAAUGUUU